AUGAGUGAGCGCCCGCAGCCUUUAAAAGCCGUGAACCGGUUCUUCGAAGGGAAGGAACCAUGGCAGAUAGUGACCAUGACUGCCUCUUCAGUGCUCGCUAUAGUUUGGGCUCACAGUCUCUAUAACGCUAAAGACAGCGUCACUGUAAGACUAAGGAGAGAGUUCUUCAGAUGGCUUCGUCAAGUGCCAUUCGUUCGUCGCAAGAUAGAGGAACGUAUGACAGAAAUCAAGCGUGGUUUCAAAAAAGACGUGGCGAAACGUCUGGCCGGUAUGACGUUGUACAGAGAACUGCCAGAGAACGGGUUUACAGCGAAGGAGGUUGCUGAAGAGGUCAAGAAACUUGUGGCACUAGGUUCUUACGAUUGGAAGGGUGGCAAUGUGUCUGGGGCGGUGUACCACUUGAGCGAAGAUAUAAGCAAAGUAGCGUGCGACGCCUACGCCUUGACUGCAUACACGAAUCCAUUACAUUCGGAUGUGUUCCCUGGCAUCAACAAGAUGGAGGCCGAAGUAGUACGGAUGACUAUCAACUUGUUCCACGGGGACGACGAGUGUUGUGGCACAGUAACAACAGGUGGCACGGAAUCAAUUAUAAUGGCGUGCAAGGCGUUCAGAGAUCUGGCGUACAGUAAAGGAAUUAGCAACCCUCAAAUGGUGUUGCCAACAACAGCCCACACGGCUUUCGAUAAGGCUGCCCAAUAUUUGGGUAUCGGGGUGGUGACUGUGCCGGUUUCAAGUGAUACUUACACUGUUGAUUUGAAUGCUGUGCGACGCGCUAUUGGUCGGAGAACUUGUAUGAUAGUGGGCUCGGCUCCCAACUUCCCGUACGGCACGAUGGACGACAUCGAGGCGCUGUCCGACAUCGCCGUGCAGUACGGGGUGCCGCUGCACGUGGACGCGUGCCUGGGCGGGUUCGUGGCCGCCUUCAUGCCGCAGGCCGGCCACCCGCUGCCGCCCUUCGACUUCCGCCUGCCCGGCGUGGCCAGCAUGUCCGCCGACACGCACAAGUACGGCUACGCGCCGAAGGGUACAUCUGUGGUGGUAUACCGGAAGGCCGCGCUGCGUCACCACCAGUACACCGUCACUACGGACUGGCCGGGCGGCGUGUACGGCUCGCCCACCGUUAACGGCAGCCGCGCGGGCGGCCUCAUCGCGGCGUGCUGGGCCACCAUGCUGUUCGUGGGGCGCGCGCGCUACGUGCGCAUGACCAGGGAGAUACUGGACACCGCCAGGCGCAUAGAGGCCGAGUUGCGUAAAAUCGACGGUCUGUUUAUAUUCGGCAAGCCGGCAACCACAGUGAUCGCCAUGGGAUCCAAAAAAUUCGACGUAUUCAAACUGGCAGACAAGCUACACAAAAAAGGCUGGAGCUUGAACGCUCUGCAGUUCCCGUCCGGCAUCCACAUAGCAGUGACGCACGCGCACACGCUGCCCGGCGUAGCGGAGCGGUUCGUAGAGGACGUGCGCGCCGCGACCGCCGACUGCCUCCGGGAGGGCGGCGAGCCCGUGGAGGGCAAGAUGGCCAUAUACGGAGUCGCUCAAGGCAUCCCCGACAGGAGCCUAGUGUCAGACAUCACGAAGUAUUUUAUCGAUUCCAUGUACUAUUUACCGAAGCCUGAAGAUAAUGUUGAGGAAUAAUAUAUUUGAUACUAUACAAGGCUUUUGCCCGCGGAUUCGCUCGCGUGGUAAAUUUAAUUCCAGUGUAGAAACACCUAGUUAUUCUUUUUCUAAUUACACGAAUUAACUUUCGUAUGUUUAAUUUGCAAAAAUGAAAUAACAGUCGAAACAAAUUAUAUUCUUUUUUUGCCUCUUAAUGGAUUAUAUUUACUAAUUUUUUUUAAUUGGAUGUAAGGUUAUUAACUAUUACUUGCUAAUAUUUAUGUUUCUUUUUCGUAGGAGUUAUUAAAUCAGUCCGUCACUAUAUUAUUUUA